AACCAAACUCAACCCUUUAACCAAACCCAACUCAAUAACCGACCCACUCAAGCCCCAACACCUCUGAUCUUCUUUCGCUGUUGUUGAGAUGAACACGCAACAGACUGGCUCUGUCUCUCUCUUCCCCUGCUUCUCUCUCUCUCCCUCUUUUACUGCUUCUUCUUCGGUUCUUCCUUCCAACUGUCUUUCUUGAAAAUAUAAAUUAGUCCAAAAAAUUGAUCAAAAUUGAAUUUCAGAGUCACGACAAAGAGUUGGUCGCCGCGGCCAUUUGCGGCGAGAAUCCGAGCGAUGCGAUCAGACAAGUAAUUAUAAGCUAGCUCAGUUACUACAGGCACCAGGCAGAGGAAAACAAUCACGGUGACAUUGGAGAAGUUGUCGAACCUGCUCUUAUCGGAUCGUCCAAUGUCUCUGAUUCAAGCCAACAUGGUUUCCGUCCCUAGGAAAAUCAGGGGUUUGGUGGUGGUUCUGGUGAGAUUGGGUUGUGGAGACGACAUGCGGCGAGAGGGAGAAGAUCCGGCGGAGACUAGAUCUGUAUCGCAGCUCCGCUCCUCCUUUCUAGUUCACGACGGCGGUGGAGACUAGAUCUGUGUCUGAGACUCUCGCCCUACUUCUCCGUUGGUUCCUCCAACUCCAGAUUCACUAGCGUCCUAGGGGGUAAAGUCGGCAAACAGAAGCAACACCCCAUAAUCCCGUGGGAACUGGUUCUGAAUCUUCAUCUCCAUCUCGCUGUCGAUAAGUCUCUGCCAGUGGUGAGGACAAUGAAUAGGAGGGCGAGGCACCGGUACCGAGAAGGCCAUCAAGGUACAGCGGUUCCUCUGGGUUUUUAGGGAUUGUAAUUUAUUUUUAAUAUGUUGUAUGGGAUCUUUGAUCUGCAGCGAGAAGAUAUGGCGUUUCAUAUUUCUUCUCCGGCAGAUAGUUGAAUCCCAGUUGUCGAACAUUUUUGGUGCCCAUCGACAAUGCAGUUAAAAUCGCGUUUUAAAACUUAAAAACUUAGGGUUUUACGCUUUUAGGAUACCAAAAUACUUUCGUUUCUAUAUAAAAUAUUUAAUGUAUAAAAUCAGACUAACUUGCGUUUUAAAGCUUAAAAGCUUACGCUUUUACGCUUCUAGCUCACCAAAAUGCUUUAUGCUUUUACGUUUCUACUUCACCAAAUGAGUAUUUUUUUCAUUAAUUAUACUUUAAUUAAUUAUAAAAAGUAUAGUUUAAAGUUAAUCACCAAUAAUGUGAUACAUUUCAUAUGAAAAGAUACAUAUAAUAUAUUUGGAUGCACUCUCAGCUUUAAUAGAGUAAUCUAAUUCACCAGCUAGGCCCUUCCUAAAUUCAUUAGCAUAAAGGGAAAUGUGACUUAUAGUUAAGAUCAAUGUUUAUGAAUUUAUUGUUAAGAUGCUAUGAGUUUCUCUACUUUAGACAUGAUUUGCAGGUGCUUAUUAACUUAUCUAAAUUACGUAUACUUAUAUUUUACAUAGUAUGUGUCGUACUUAACAGGAAUUUUUAGCUAUUUUAUAGCAUGCAUAAAAAACUUACGCUUUUACGCUUUGAUUCUACGCUUUACGAUUUUACCCCUUUUCCGCUUCUAGGUAGAAUCGCGCUUUUGACUGCAUUGCCCAUCGACGACCUCCUACCACCGCGUCGUCGGCGCUGCUAGACCUCCCACCUGAGUCCUGUCGCCACUCUUCAUCGCCAUCACAGCCGCAAGCCGGCACUUGCAUAUGCCAUCAUCAAUCCGGGAAGAAAGAGAGGAAAGUUGAGCGGUCAAAAGAUUGAAGGAGAGAAUCGUUGGAAAAUGGAAUGGGAGAGAAGCUGGGGAGGCGGUGGUAGGGUUUAGGGUUGGGUCUCGAGUUGGUAAGGGUUGGGUUUGAGUUUGGGUUUGGAAAAAUUGACGUGGGUGAUUUUGAUGACAAGGCAGCUCAAAUUUUAUGACGUGGCAAAUUAAAGUAGGAAAAAUUAGCAUUUUUGUUAGCCACGUCAGCAAUUAACUGACGGAGUUAACGGAGACAGACGAAGUCUAAUGGAGAAUGACCAAACUUGGACGGUUUUAUUAAAUCUAAUGACUAUAAAUGAAAUUAAAUAUUUUUAGUGACCAAACACGAACGUCUUUAGUAAUUCCAGUGACCAAUCUUACAAUUUACCCCUAAAUAAUGGCAUGCACAUAGCCAACAAUAUAUCAAUGUAUAUUGCUUGCUUCUGUACACAGGCAAACCAUCGUCUCUAGAAUUUUCCUGAUUUUUUCAGAGACGUUUUAGGACGGGAUACGGUGACAACCCCUAAGGGGGUUGUCAAAUUGACAACCAAGGGUAUUUUGGGUAUGAAAAAGGAAUAUAUUAAUUACCUUUUUGUAUUAAUCAUAUUGGGAAUUAAAAACACAUAUUAAAUACAAUUUUUUUUUAAAUUAAAUCCUAUAAAUUUAUAUCUCUAUCUAUCUCUCUCUCUUCCUUUCUCCUGCGGCCACUCCGCUUCGAUAGACAGACUUUUUCUCCGGCGAAUUUUCUCCGGCAGACUCCCUCCGACAACCUGAAAAAAUGUACCAGUGCGUUAAAAAGUGUACUAAUCCAUUAGUCUACUUGUAAUAAAUAUACCAAUGCUAGUGGUACGCUACUAGUGCGUUAAAAAAUGUACUAGUGCUAGACUGCUAGUAGUACGCUACCAGUGCUAGUGGUACGGUACCAUUACCACUUGUAGCGGUACCUUUAGCAGUACCAGUACCACUUGUAGCGGUACCAUUAGCAGUACCAGUACCACUAGUAGCGGUACCAGUACCAGUAUCACUGGUAGCGGUACCAUUGCCACUGGUAGUGUACCACUAGAGACUAGCACAAAAAAUCAGAUCUGAAAUAUCAAAAAUCACAGAUCUGGGAAAAAAAAUCAGGGAUGACGAAAGGGGGAGGCAGGGGAGAGGCGGUGACCUCGUGGCGACGGUGGUGGUGGGAGACAGAGGGCGGCGAGAGGGUUGUGACGAUGGUGGUGGUGGGAGGAGGAGGUCGCGAUGGUUGUGGGGCGAGGGACAUGACAGUGAUAGGAGGCGGAGGACUCGACGACGGGAGGGCUGCAGUAGUGAUGAGAGGCGGAGGGCGUGGCGGUUCGGCAGGACGGCUACGACGACGGUGGUGGCAGCUGAUAGUGAGAGGGGGAAGAGAUGGGAGGAAGAAGAAGAAGAAUAUGAAGAAGAAAGAUGGCGUGAGAGAGAGAGAGAGGAAAGAGAGAAUGUAGGGUUUUAGGUAUUAAUAGGGGUAAUAAUCUAGUGUGGUCAAUUUUUUCGUCCAAAAAUACCCUUAAUUCAAUCUGUACCAUUGAUUUGAAAAAAAGAAGAAAAAGACAAUGGAGAGAAUGGAUCCUAUGGUUAUACAAUGUGUUGUCAAUCUCACAACCCCCUAAUGGGGUUGUCACCGUAUCUCAUCCCGACGUUUUUGUUUCUAGGUCACAGAAUGAGACACACAGUGUUCGUUUUUUCUUAAAAUCGAAUCAUAGGAGACUUGUGCGCGACACAUUAUAUAUUUCUUAACUAUAUAAUCCAGAAUCUUUGGAAGGAGCUCAAAAUGACUUUAAUCAUGACUAUAUAUGCAAUGCUAGAGGUGGCAAUUCUCAAUCCAAUCUAUCAACCCAUUAAAGAUAUCCACCUAAUCUAAUCUAUUUAAACCCAAUCCAUUUUAUCCAAAUCCAAUUGGAUUGGUGGAUUCAUGGAUUGAUCCAUAGUUCCAAAUGGCAAAUUAUUGUUUGGUACCUAUACUUUUUAUAUUUUGUACCUAAAAUUUAAUUUUUAUAUGAAAAAUAUCAUUGGAAAAUUACGUUUGGCACCUAAAAUUUUUCAUUAUGACAUUUUAGUACCUAAAAUUUUCACAUUUUAUAUAUUGGUCCUUCGUUGAGGAUGCCAUUUGGAUUUAUUCAUAAUCCACCAAUCCACUUGAUUCAAUCCAUGAAUUCAUCAAUCCAUUAGAUCCAACCCAUUUGAUCCAUGGAUCCACCAAUCCAUGGAUCAAUCCAUUUGCCACCUCUAUGCAAUGCAUUGCUGCAUUUGAAAAAAAAAAGGUGAUCAGCAAUUAAUAACAACUACCACGUACUUUUUGAGUUUUCUUAAAUUAUUAUUAUUAUUAUUAUUUCACCUAGGAAAUGGCUCUUGAGUGUAGAUGCCAAGGUUGUCAACCCGCGGGUUGACCAGGACCUGGUCGAGCUAGUGGGUCAAGGGUUGAUGGGUCAACCGUUCUAGCCCGGUUUGGCCCGAAAAUAUGGAAAGAGUCAUUAUAUUGUACUUUUCCUUAUAAAUUAUAUCAAAUCUUAUCUAACAUAUGAGUUAUAACAUAUAAUAUUACACCAAAAUAACAUAUCGUACUUAGAUCUAGCAUAAAGUGAAAAUUCACACACACUUAUAUACAUCAAUAUUCAAAUAUUCAACUUAGGAUUCCAAAGGUUGAGUUAGGCGAAAAGAAAAAUUGGAAAAUAUGCGCAUUUCGCAAACCAAAGAAAAAAAUGACACAAUUUGACCUUCAACCCGGUACUGUAUAACGGUCGACCCGACGGGGUGUGCGACCCGUUUUUCUCACCGGGUCAGCGUCAAAGUGGGUUGACAACCUUGGUAGCAUCGCUUCUGCUUGUCUCUACUUGGGUUUUUUAUGCUUUUUCGUUUAGUUUUGCAGGGACUGGAGCUGUGUUUUCCUCAACCUGCUGCCGAUGAUUUCUUUUUGCUUGAUUUCCAUUCCAUCCUACUCUUUUUUUUUCCUUGCUUCUCCUCUUCUUACCUUUUCAGCCCUGUAAUAGCACCUACGUACACCACUGACGUACAAGUUGCAUUGAUUUGUUUCUGUAAUAAUAUUUUUCAUCUUCA